CUAGAACAAUACCAAAAUAAAGCAAAAAAAAAAAAAACGCAACUACUACUGUAUUGUAUUUGGCCUACAUACCAUUAAGCUUAGUCAUGGGUAUAGUGUACAGUAUUUUUAACUCAUAAAUACAUAAAUAGGACUUUUUUCUACAUGCCUUCUUUAAUAAGUUUGGUCCAGUAUGAUGGAAUUUUUGAGUGAUGGUUUUCAUAUAAGCAUUGCCUGUGCAUGUCUGAUUCCAGUUAUCUUUCUACUAUAUACAAAAAAGGUCUGGAAACACUCAGCAUCCCGCAAGAAACACAUAGACAAUGGAAAUUACUCAAAAUGUAUCUCUCCAAACUGUGUUCGCUGCCAGAAUUAUGGACAACUGACUAAUCAGUUAAAGGACAAGUUUGAUAGGCUUUCACAAAGUAUUGAAGGGGAUUUAUCUAGGAUACAAGAAGCUAUCGAUGAAGAUGAUGAAGCAAAGGAAAAACGAAUGAAACAGGAUCCUAAACAGCAACCGAAUACACUUUUCUUACCUGGAUUGCACCCAAUUCAACCCCUUUUCACAGACAAUACAAUUUUAGCGCAAGAUGCUCUGACAAUUAGCAAUAAUAACCAGGAUAUUCUCCUGGAAUUUUUCGAGAUUUUUGAUAAUUUGUUUAGUGGUGAUGUCACAGGUUGGCUAAGUAAUUCUGUACCUAGUGGGGAUUGGUUUGUUUUCCAUUUAUACAACCAAGGUGUCAAAGUGCAAGAAAACUGUGACAGAUGUCCGUUAACCACAGUGAUUUUAGAGAAGAAUUUGAAGAGAUUCAUGAGGGGGAAUGCAUUUGGAAAUGCAGCAUUUUCAGUGCUGCAGCCUGGAACCCACAUAACUGAGCACUUUGGUCCAUGCAAUGUACGAGUUAGGUGUCAUCUAGGUCUUCUUACUCCUCCAAAUUGUUGGCUGAAAGUAAAUGGCAUUCAUCAAUAUUGGACACAGGGAGAAUGCUUCUUAUUUGACGACUCGUUCCUUCAUGAAGCAAAGCAUAGUGGAUCUAAAUCAGAUGAACCCAGAGCAGUGUUUAUUGUUGACCUGUGGCAUCCCGAUAUUUCAAACGCAGAAAUGGCGUGCUUGAACAAAUUAUUUUCUUUGGUAUAAAAUAAUAAAUGCAGCAACCAAAUUAUUAGGUUGCAUGGUACACCAAACCAUACUUUUCUACACUACCGAUCUACCAAGCAUGCUUGAUGGGGUUUCCAUGGAAACUAUGAACUUUUUUUAGAAUGCGAGGCUGCUAAACUCAUUACGGCAGCCUUCAGUAGCCACUUUUUCCUACUAACUGGAACAAACCUUAUGUAUUCUACAUUAUCUAGACUUUCGUAUCUAGUUAUGCAGUACCGUAGUACUGUACUUUAUUAUAAACGUGUGUAACUUUAAAACAUUUCUUAUACUAAAUCAACGUUGACGACCUACAUACCCUAGUUAAUUAUAAUUAUAUAGCGUUACUCAUAAUUCGGUUAUCCUCAUUUAUGAAGAGGAAGUUUUAUAUAGCACUUAAAUCUAUAUUUCUUUGCAUUAACAACAUUAAUAAAGGUCGACUGUAUUAUCUGCAAUAUUAAUAUUAUUGCAUUUAUUCUUUUCUAAACUUUACAUACCUAAAAAAACAGUACACAGUAAUGGUGACAAUGAGAUUUAUAUACAUAGAUGUUAUUCAAGCGGCAAGUCUUUAAUGAUCUUAAACCACCGAUAAACCAGGGGUGUUCUUGGGGGUUACAAUUGUGUACAGGAUUAAUAUAUGGUCCAAUUAAACACCACUUGCCGCCACUCACAAGCAAAAUUUUAAAAAUAAUAUUUAUACACUUGUUUCAGUACUUGUUAAACUUUUAAGCAAGAGUAAACUUUCAUUCUUCAUAGCAAAAAAAAAUAACCCUAGUGUAUUAUACUUUUUUUAAUUUUGCUUGUAAGUGGUUGUGAGCGGUUCCAAGAGUUUAGUGAUCCUUAAUAAAUUUUUAUUUUUUCUGUACAUACCGAUCAUCAUCAUCAUCAUCCUAUAAUGUGCAUAAACCUCAAAUGAGUAUAUUCGCACAGUGUUGGUGGUCAAUUAUGUUCACUUGAGAAAAUUAACGGAUGUGAAUAUCAGAUACCCUGUCCUUGAAUGUGUUGAUCAUGGAUGAAUAAAUAUUUUGUUCCAUUUAUGUUUGGAGCAAUAUAUUGUA